AUGACUUCAAUAAUUUCUACCAAACCAACAAGAAAAUCACAAUCAAGUCGUAAGGGAAAGAAAGCUUGGAGAAAAAAUGUUAAUAUUACGGACUUAGAAAAAACAUUAGAAGGAAUAAGGGCUGAAGAAAGAACAUUUGGACGGAGAAUUUAUGAUUUACCAGACGAAAAAAUCUUCACAAUUGAUACAACGGGUGACAUUAAUA